AUGACAGAUUACAUCAAGGAAAAGGCGAUUGCAGCUGAUUUUUCAUCAGUAACGUUUCGAUUUGAUGACUAUUUAGCCCGAAAUUUCGAGUUCGGCGAGGCAGGGAAGCUUCAUUCCUUGCAUGGACGCGAAUCGGGUUCCAAGAUGGGUAGUGUGGUCUGCAAGCAUUGGCUCCGUGGUCUCUGUAAAAAGGGUGAGCAAUGUGACUUUUUACAUGAAUAUAAUUUAAAAAAAAUGCCGCCCUGUCAUUUUUUUGCAGAGAGAGGAUGGUGUUCAAAUGGCGAAGAAUGCUUAUAUCUUCACUUGGAUCCCAGUAAACAGGUCGGUGUUUGUGCUUGGUACAACAUGGGUUUUUGCCCAUUGGGACCCGUCUGUCGUGGAAAACACGUACGAAAACCGAGCAUUUGUGAACGAUAUUUAUCUGGCUUCUGUCCAUCAGGUCCAAAUUGCCCGGAUCCUCAUCCGAAACAUGUGGAUCCACCGCAUCCUCCUCAAAGAAGAAAAGAUUUUUGA